AUGCACUCCCGGUUGGAAGGUGCCAACGGCUUCUCAGAGAUGCAUGAAUAUACGGCUGGAAUCCGCGUCAAAGCUAGGUUUUUCAAUCUUAGCAUAAUUUGCGCGCACGCCCCGACGGAGGAGAAGGACGAUGCUGUUAAGGAUUCAUUUUACGCGAGACUCGCGGUUACAUACGACCGCUGCCCAGACCACGACGUGAUGCUUAUCCUCGGGGACUUCAACGCAAAGGUCGGUCGCGAACGCUUCUUUGACCCCACCGUCGGUCGAUUCAGCCUCCAUGAGACCACCUCGAACGACGGACUCAGGCUGAUUGACUUCGCCGCAACGCGAAACAUGGUAGUGAGUAGCACCAGAUUUCGGCACCUCGAAAUCCACAAGGCCACAUGGCUGUCCCCUGAUUAA